AUGAUUCUAUCCAGUGGUCUGAACCCUUGGAUGCGGUUCCCCGUCCAAUCCCAGUUGUGCACCAUUUAUGGACCAACCGUGAGAAAGGCAAGGAUUCACAGACGUCUUGAGGUGGGCGGGGGGGGGGCGGGCGGGGUGGGGGGGGGGGGGGGGGGGGGGGGGGGGGGGGGGGGGGGGGGGGGGGGGGGGGGGGGGGGGGGGGGAAAGAUUGGUUUGCCCUUUGUUUACUUGCGACUGGACGAGCCGUUGCUCAUGACCCCAUACAGCCCCUCCCCACUAUCUCCCUCCCUAUCCCCCACUACCAGCUCUUCCUCCUCCAUAGCCCACCCCCCCCCACCACUUCUCAAGCCAUCCCCCAAAACCCCGCAUCAUCCCACACACCAUCAUCAUAUCGCCCCGUUUAAAACCACACUUUCACGUCCUGCUGCACGUCACCUACAGUACCCCCCCCAUUAA